AUGUUGAUUAGGAACUCAUCCAAAAAUGUGUUCCUUACACUUAAUUUUUAUAAUUUAAUCUAUUUUUGUCAAGCAUUUAUAGAAUCUAUACCAGAUGAUCCAUUGAUCAAUAUGUGGCGUGGUAUUGACUCAGCACCAUUGAUAGUAAGAGGUGGACCUGAACCUGUACUCGCUUCUUCAUUCAAAACUUGGUCUCCUAUAGGCGGAUGGAAACCAUCUGACGCCUCUGCUGAAGCAGGUCGCGGUGCAUCUUCAAGUCAUGUAAACCCACAUGACGAGAUGAGUCUCGUCUCUUCACAUCACCCAGAGGAAUCAGCUGUCAAAUCAUCAGAAACACUCGUCAAACCCUAUGAAUCAAUCAUCAUUCAAACUUUAGAUCAUCUCAAAGAACCUGAAUUAACUCAUAAAGAGAAAACUGCCGCUUAUGCUCAUCUAAUGGACAUCUUAAGACGAAAGCCAGGAUUAGAAUCUAUCUUUGUAAAACACUCGGAAGAUCCCACAAGAGGUUCUGAAGUUUGGGAAGCUCAAACGCUAUGGAACAUUGCUACUACAGCUAAAUUUAGGGAUGAUGGAAUCUCAAGCAUUGAAGAGAUCUAUGGAUUAAAAUCGCCUUAUCAAAUCAUCAUUAGAAAGUUUUUUGAUUUAGAUUCAACUAAUUUAAAUGCGAUAAGUGAUCUUAGAGAUGCGAUUGAGAUAUACUUGGCUAGAAAACCUUUGAACCACAAUGCUGCUAGAGCUCAAGCGCUCGAGGAAAUCCAAUCUCGCUUGGCAGCGAUUACUCCUCCAUCACAUCAUGAGGUCACAUCAGCAGAACUUUUCAAAAAUGAAGCAAGCGUACAGUGGCAAGAUUUAACCACACUAGUCAAAAACUUAAAAACUGAGGAAGCUUCCACAAGUUCAGCAUUAGCACCUGAAAGACAAGAAAUCCCAGGAGAACCUUCGCCAGCUAAUUUACAUUGGAGAAAGCUUAAUAAAAAAAUCAAAGCAUCUGGACGUAUGUUUUCAAAUGUAAAAGAAAGAUAUUUAAAUUUAAAUCAUGAAAAUGAUUUCGAAGUUCAAGAAUUUAGAGAAAAGAUUGAAAGAUUAAUCGAGAGUGAAACUUUGGUUGAUUCUCAUCUAAAGAGUGUUCAUGAAAUGAAAAAUCAACUUCAAAAGGAAGCAAAACGAGUCAAACUUUGGAGACCAACACAAGGAUGGAAUGUACCAAAAGGUCAAAAAUCAACAGUGGUAAAAGAAUUACUUCAAACAAUCAAUGAUCCUACCAUUAGUUUCGGAGAAAGAGUAGUGAUGAUCAGUCGACUUGAUAAGUCUAUUGCUAACGAUCCAGAGCUAGCAGCUGAAUUAGAAUCAAUCUUCCAACGAGAUCUUACAAAUCCAGGUUUAUUUAAAGCAGAUGUAUUGAUCGGAUUAAGAAACACACUCGAAGCCAAAAAUUCUCAAGUUCAUGUUUUAAUGAAAAGGUUCAUUGCACUCAACAAAGCUUCAGCUGAUUCUAUAAAUUCUUUAAGAGAAGAUCUUGAAAGGAUUUUAAUUAACAAUCAAAGGCUAGAACAUGAUAGUCAAGAAUCAGAAGAAGAAUUUCAUCUUACAGCUUCAUCUACUUCUGAGGCAAGUUCUUCUUCACAAGCAAUGAAACCAGAAGACGAAAAACCAUUGAGCGAAAAUGAUAAGGCAUUAGUGAAUGGGAUGAAAGAACUUUUAAUCUCAGAACAUUAUCCUCUUGAAAACGAACUUGUUCACGAAGCUGGUCUUGCCUCUCAUCCUCCAACUGAAGAAUUCAAAGGACUUGUAACAGAUCCGAAAGAUGAAACUAAAGCUAGUACCAGUGGUAAACAUUCUCGAAGAGCUCUACAUCUUUGA